AUGUACAAGAUCGAUGUCCACCAUCAUGUCAUACCACCACAAAUGGCCGAUCAGAAAUGGGGAAAGGGCAUGGAAGUCCCCAAAUGGACCGAAUCCCUCGACCAGGCCUUCAGCAAAUCAAUAGGAGUCCGCACGAGCAUUCUCUCCGUCGCCAGUCCCGGAGUCACUCUAGUCAAAGAUCCGGAAGAGAGCGCUGCUCUAGCUCGCAGUCUAAAUCAGUACUGCGCCAAUCUGAGAGACGAAAAUCCACAGGGUUAUGGCUUCUUCGCCUCUGUGCCCUCUCUGGAGUAUCCCGACCUCGCCAUCCAUGAACUCCGCUUCGCCCUCGAUUCGCCCCACGCCGACGGCGUUACCCUGUUCACCUACUACGGCCACGGCGACGCAUACCUAGGCAACGACGCAUACAUCCCAGUCUGGGAAGAGCUGAACGCCCGCAAAGCCGUUGUGUUUGUUCAUCCGAUCAACGGCAAAGACACAGCCCGGUGCAAUGCCAAAGUGCCGGAACCUGCCUUCGACUGGCCUCAUGAGACGGGACGAGCAGCGAUGGAUAUGAUCAUGAACAAACGCCUUCUCCAGUUCCCAAAUGUCAAGAUCAUCCUCUCUCACGGCGGAGGGACUCUGCCGGCCCUGGUCGCACGCUCUACGUUGGUCGCGCAGCCGGCGUUCGGGGGUUCUAUUUCUUCGGAGGAUAUAUACGAGCAGGCCAGGAGUUUCUACUUCGAUCUUGCGCUGUCUGGGAGUGCAGAGGUCCUCCCACUGGAGCUGGGCUUUGCACGGAAGGGCCAUGUUCUGUUCGGUAGCGACUAUCCGCACGCUACGGAGCCAUUUGCGGCUCAGAUGACGAGGUUCAUUGAUGGGUAUGCGAUGGACGAUGCGAAGCGCCGCGAGGUGUAUCAUGAAGCGGCUGAAAACCUGUUUCCGAGGCUGAAAGGACGGAUCUGUUGA